GGCACAGCACGAGAAUAGCCCGCAAACGUAACCAGGGUGGUCGAUUGCAAAGUUUUGCAAGUUGGGCAUGUUUGUUUGUUGACGGUUGGUGACUUUCGUUUAAAGUUGUGCGCUACAGUGAGAAUCUGUUUUGGUGAAUUCCAAGCUAUAUUGCGUGCUGUCGAUGCCAUCGUGAAUGAAACACAUUUAAAUUAGCUUUUUCAUUCCACCCAAAGGAUUUUUAUCGUAUUUAUCAUACAGCUAAAACAAGGGUUCGCUGGUUUAAAAUCUGAUUUACGGUUCCCUUACAACACUGCCGUACCCUCGGGAGGAAAAAUAACCAGGUUCUCAGUACUUACCACGCGAUUAGAAAGUUUGAUCAAUAUCAAAAAGUGGUUUGAUAGCAGCGAGGCUACUCUACUCUGUUUGUUUGUGCUCUCGUUCGCAUUUCAUAACGUGACAUUCUCUAAGCGACCAUGGUGAUGAUUAGUUGAUCGUUCAGGGAAAUUAUAAUAUUCGGAAAAUUGUACUCUGAAAAUUCAUUUUCAGAACUUUUCAGAACAUUAAUCUUACUCGUGAGUGCAUGCGAAACUGUACGUUUUACAUUGUUGGUGGCCAAUAUCGGGAGCAUCGGAACGCUACGGAUAUAGUGCAUUACAGCAGCAAUAGCGGAUAACCGGUUCCGAACCAGAGAUGAUACCCAUCCUCAACAAAUUUAAUCUAAAAGAAGGAGUGAAACAGAUCGUCGGCGUCUCCGAUAUCACCGAGAAUCGCAACAUAUGGCGCAUGCUGAUUGCCGAGUUUCUCGGAACAUUCUUUUUGGUAGCGAUCGGUAUUGGUAGUACGACGGGCUGGACUGACUACAAUCCCACGCUUACGCAGAUUGCAUUCACCUUCGGCCUGGUGGUCGCGACGCUUGCACAGGCAUUUGGACACGUGAGCGGAUGCCACAUCAAUCCUGCCGUCACGAUCGGACUUAUGGUAACUGCUGACGUCAGCAUACUAAAGGGUGCUUUCUACAUUGUUUCACAGUGUAUCGGUGCGAUUGCAGGAGCAGCCGUCAUUAAGGCCGCCACGCCAUCGGAAGUGGUCGGAGGACUCGGUGUGACCGGUAUCGCCCCGGGACUGUCCACUGGACAGGGAGUCCUGAUAGAAGCGCUCAUCACCUUCAUGCUGGUGUUCGUCGUCCAUGGCGUGUGCGAUAAUCGGCGAACGGACAUCAAGGGUUCGGCACCGCUCGCUAUCGGGCUCUCGAUCACGGCUGGCCAUUUGGCAGCGAUUAAGUAUACUGGCGCCAGCAUGAACCCGGCACGCUCGUUCGGACCGGCCGUUGUAAUGGGCAAUUACACGGAUCUGUGGGUAUAUUGGGUCGGUCCGAUAGUCGGUGGCAUCGUCGCAGGGGCCGUCUAUCGUCUGUUCUUCAAAGUAAGAAAAGGUGACGAGGAAUCAAAUUCAUACGAUUUUUAAGAACAACCCCCUCCCAAAAACACAGCAUAAAUAUGUGCUGGAACUCAUUUCACCGACCAUCAAAAUCAGCAAGCAGUGCAUCGCAAUUAUUUGUCCCUAUGUACACUUUGCAAAACGCAAUGGAAUUCAUUUUAUACACGGUUUUGUUUGCUGUUCUAUUAAUUCGUUAUUAAAUGUUAUGUUUCUUGUUUGAGCGUAUAAUGUCCGUGUGUUGUUCUAUGAGCGUGUAUGAAAAAUUUGAGGUUUUCUACACACAGAUUACAUCAAGUCUUACACACAAAUAACACAAUUUGAUAAAAUAACUCAUUUUUAUUCAUUCUAUACCACCACUACCAAACUGAAUUAAUUUCAAUGUUUUGUGUUUAUUAAUAAUUCUGCUGAUUACUUUUAAUGCAUAAAACUUAUUCGUGUUUUUUCUUAUUUUUCUAUUGAUUGUGUACCUUCCACCCGUGCAGAUGAACACUAACAAAGUGGGCCAAGUGACUAACGACGUUCAGUACAUUUAGCCCGGAGCGUAAUCCACUAGCCCAUCUCGAUAGCUUUUGCUACAAAUAAUCUGACUUUGCAUCAUGUGUGCGAAUGCGAGUAUAAGACGACACAAACCCUUGGGAUGUAUUACAAUUCAAUUAACUACAUUUACACAUAACCUGCAUAGCAUAAAGAAACACAUUCUUAAGAAACAUAAAACAUAAAACUAAACAUAACAUAAAACUAAAUCGAAAACUACAACUCAUCGGUUAUAAGACGGAGUUUGAAAUAAGUUUAACCGAAUGUAUGUGACAACAACUGGAAUUAGGAGUCAUGAUGCAGCGCAGAGAAAUGAAUAGCAGAGAUCGCCUACCCCAAAUCUCGAGUAACUAAACCAUCAUCCAACAUUAUCUACACCUUUGCCAAUGCUUACAACUCCCUUACACAUAGAAGCUUCGUGAAGAAAUAGCUCGUUUGAGAAUCACUUGGACCGGGAAAAAUGCAGUAGAACAUGUCAAAUUCAUUUUUACUCACUCAACAGCAAUUAAUAUGUAAAUAGUUUGUUCAUGAAGCGUGGGUUAUGGACUAAUUCCAAUUCUCGA